AUGGGAUUCUUAACUACUUCCUGCAGUAGCCUUCAGUAUUCACGGUGCACUGAUAAACUGCUGCAGAGACUUUGUGCAGAUCAAAACAACCAGGAAACUGUUGCUGUUGCUGCUUCUCACUUAGCGACGGUCGUGUGGGAGUUUGGUGAGCAGCGUGUCAGAGAGCGUGGGGGGCAUGCCCUGCUGCUGCUGCUCACUUCCUGCUUCAGAAACAGCAGAGCUGCAGUUGACUUUGUGUUCUUGUGUUGUUGUCAGGAGGAGAACGUGGACGUGAAGGCUCUGAGGGCCAGGUUCACCAGCAGGGCGGGCCCCUCAGACUCCAGCAGCAGAGACAGCGGCUCCCCCAAGUCUCCUCGGACCCUCGGGAUCGGGAAGCUGAUCGUGCCAAUCACAGAGAACAACCUGGCGCAACACAGACUGUCUCCAACCGUCCCCCCUCCUCUCACGGCCAGCCCCGGCCUGGGGAGGCUCCCGAGGCCGGACCCGAUGGCGGCCCCGGGCCCCAAACCUUAUCCCGGACUGACGGCCCCCAGACCUUUUCCCGAACUCAGAUAUCCGGCACCAGACACCAGCAAGGUGAAGCAGAAGGGGGAGAUGCUGCAGAACAUGAUGCUGAAAAACCAGAGGCCUCCAGGCUCCAGACCCGGUCCAGGUCCGGGUCCAGGUCCAGGUCCAGGUCCGGGUCCGGCCCCUGCACCAGCUCCCACCUCCACCUCCACCCCACCGCUCCGACAGCAGGCCCGACAGCGGAGCGCCGGGGACGUGGUGGUCCCGCUGAGGAGGCCGCUGCCCCCUGAAGGAUUCGCGCCUCUGAAACCCAAACGGCCCCCCAAUGUCAACCUGGAGCCCUACCGGAGGUCCAGCAGAGCCCCGCCCCUUCCUGGCCUGAGGAAGAGCGAAGGUUCCCCGGGUUCAGCAGGCAGAAAGAUGCCUUUACCUGCAGUCAUCAGUCCUCCAAAACCGCCACAGAGAUCCAACAAACCCCGGCUGCCUCACCAAUUAGCAUCUGUGGACAUUUCUGAUGAUAAUCAGGAUUUCUAUGACGACAUUGGAAGCUUCGAGAAGAACGAGUCCUGGAGCGACAACAGUUCACAGUGUGUCGACGGGGAAGAUGAUGAUGUAUAUGAGUUUAUUGACGAGGACCAGGUGGAGACGAAUAGGUUAAAUGCUGAGAAGAACAACAAAAAAGAAUUAAAGAGACAACAGGCACAGGACAAGAAGGAUCAGAUGGAGCGUCAGAAAAAAGCAAACGAGCUGAAGAAGAACUUUCAGUUGCAAGGUGAAGUGGAGGUUCUUCAUACAGCCAGAGUCCGGUGCGACUGGCAUGGAGGAGGCAAACUGGACCUCAGCGUACGUGAAGGAGAGAGCGUGGAGAUCCUCCGAGUGAAGAACAACCCAGGAGGCAAAUGGCUGGCUCGCUCUCUCAACGGAAACUAUGGAUACAUCAAUAACGCAUGUGUGGAUGUUGACUAUGAAGCAGUAAAGCGCAAAUUGCUCCAGUCCAGAAAAACAAACACAUCACCGUUGCCUCCGCCACCUCCAGACCCCCCACAGAUGUUUAAAGUGGAGUCCAACGGCAGCGACAGCAUGCUGCAAGAUGAUGAUGACUAUGAUGACGUUCAACCAUUGACUGAGGAUUUCCCCCCGCCGCCGCCUGAAAUCAGUCUCGAUCCAAAAGUGGAGAAGGAGCUUAAAAAAAAGUUUAAGUAUGAAGGGCCUCUCAGGGUGCUGCACACCAUGAUGGUGGAUCCUAACUGCCUGAUAAAGAAGCCAGGAGGGAAAGAUCUGCACGUGACUCAAGGAGAAGUUGUGGACAUCAUCCAGCUCACCAACAACAAGAAAGCUCUGUGUUGCAACCGGUUUGGAAAAUAUGGUUAUGUGUCCAGAUCUCUUCUUCUUCCAAUGGAAGGAGAUAUCUACGAUGACGUUGACUAUCCUGGCGAUGUCUACGACAACGACUCUUGACACUCUGAUUAUUAAAACAUGUCAAACUAAACAUGAACUCACACAGUGAGAGAGACAAAACAAACAAAC